CGUUGCAGCUGGAGUUUGAGCUGGCAGAAGCAACAAGAGAUGAACCCGAACUUCAAACAAGAUGUGAAGAACUUCGCCGUCGCUUACAGGUCCUCACGGCGGAGAAGAACAUGUUAGACGCAGAGAUUGCCACAAAUGAGGCGGAACUCACAACAUCUCUUUCGGAGAAGGAGGAGAUUGCACGGAUGCUCACAGCGGACGUAGAAAAGGCACGGGCAACUGUCCUCCACCUGCGGCGUCAGCAAAAUCUUCUGGUGGGGGAGUUGAACUCCAUGCGGGACGUCGUGCUGCAUGGACGCUCCCACGGACUUUUGGCACGCCGAGCCCUUAAGUCACGUCUGCUGGAGACCGCGUCGCAAUUGGCACUGGAGAAACUUUUGCAUGCACGUCUCACGGCGCAAGUGCAGUGGCAGCGGGAGCAGAUUCACCGUGAACAGCAGGCGAUGUCGACCCUAUCGAAUGUGCCGCAGAGAUCCGCCAAGGAACGGCAGAUGGAGAGCUUUGACCGAGUUGUGACGCUGGCAAAGGAGUUGGCACGAUGGACAAUUGACGAGGGCGACAAGGAGACGACUCAGCUGCGGAACGAAGAUCUCGAGUCCCGCAUUCAGGAUCGUGUUGUGGUGUGUCAUGAUGCCUGCUUGCAGCUCCGUGGUGAGAUCGCAAAAAUGAUCAGCAGCGAGGAAUUGGCACGUCGUUUGGCGCAGCGUCAGCAGGAAUUAUUGGAGCAUCAAUGGAUUGAAUGGAAGGUGCGUCAGGAGGAUCUUCUCGCGGCGGCCGUGGAGCCGUUUCGGUCAGCCACCGUGAAUGCCUUGCCGCUCCCUGUUCCGUUGCCAACAGCGGAGGUUCUCCAUCAUGAGGCGCAACGACUGUACGCGGCCCUCUCCCAUAUGCUGCACCGCGAGAGCCGCUGCAAGGCACUCCUGCAGCUUCUGCAGGGGUACGAGGAUCGGGCGUCAAGCGGGAAUGAAAUUCAACUACUCCCCUUCCGUCCCGCAGGGAAUUUCACGGCGGAUCACAUCCGUCUUUCUUCUCUACCUUCGGUCGCCACCACCACCACCACCACUGCUCCCACCACUGCGCCCACCGGCACGGUGCAGCCACAGUCCAUCAUACAAACGCAGAUUUCUCCUGCCGCGGCGCACCGGAAGAUGGUGCUGCAGUUCAUCAAGAACGAAAUUCAGCCAUUGUACGACUCCAACCAAAUCUCGCGCGUUCGUUUUAUGGACGUUGUUGAGCGUGUCUCGCGUUGGUUCCUCACCACGCACCCGUUGCCACAACCCGUCCUUGCAGAGAACGAGCGACAGGCUAUCUGCCGGCAGAUUCAGGCAACAUUGACGUGGCAGGACGAGCAACAAAUAAAGAGGCGUGGUGCAUGA